AUAAACAAACAAAUAAAUUAUACUCUUUACCCGCUACUAUAUAUCUAGAUUAUAUUAUCUACUCGUCUCGUCCUAUGUAAACCGAAGAAAUUUUGAGACCGACAGCAAAUUUAGUUUCAUAAUUUUAACAGAAUUCAAAUGGCUGGAACACACGUGGGAGUGAUAUGAAGGUUCAACUUCAUUUUGCGUAAUUUUGUUCUAGCAAAUAUUCUCUUUGGUCUUAUUGAGAUGUAUGUUACAGCUGAAGUUGCAGACGUUGAUGACAUGGGUUAUUCAAUGAGUAGAUUGGAGUUAGAGCCUGAUGUCUGUGAUGGUGAGAAAAUCAUCCCAGAAGUCAGUAGCAGUCAAAGAUCCACCAGACCAUUAAAUGUUCUAGACCAUGAGAUAGCCCAGAUUACAAAGUUAAGAUCAGGACCUCAUGAGUUGCUAAGCCAUGUUGAACCUGGGAGGAGGGAGCAGCAAGUGUCCACAGUAAAGAUGCUGGCACGUCGAGAAGGUAAUUAUUCCGGAAGAGGAAGGUUCUCAUCUGCAGAUUGUUGUCAUGUUUUAAGCAGAUAUUUGCCAGUUAAUGGUCCAUGGCUUGUUGACCAAAUGAAUUCCCGGGCAUAUGUCUCUCAGUUUUCUGCAGAUGGUUCUCUUUUUGUAGCUGGAUUCCAGGGAAGUAAUAUUAGAGUAUACAACGUGGACAAAGGCUGGAAAGUGCAGAAAAACAUUGUUGCCAAAAGUUUGCGAUGGACUAUUACUGAUACAUCUCUUUCCUCAGAUCAACGUCAUCUGGUUUAUGCCAGCAUGUCACCUAUUGUCCAUAUUGUUAACGUGGGGUCUGCUGAAACAGAGUCACUAGCAAACGUUACUGAAAUACAUGAAGGUUUGGAUUUUUCCGCUGAUGAUGACGGAGGUUAUUCAUUUGGUAUUUUUUCUGUGAAAUUUUCGACUGAUGGAAGAGAACUUGUUGCUGGAAGUAGUGAUGAUUCCAUUUACGUUUACGAUCUUAAUGCAAAUAAGCAAUCCCUUCGGAUUCGGGCACACUCGUCAGACGUGAACACUGUAUGUUUUGCUGAUGAAAGUGGUCAUCUUAUAUAUUCAGGGAGUGACGAUGCUCUCUGUAAGGUCUGGGACAGGCGUUGCUUUAAUGCUAACGGGAAACCAGCAGGGGUCUUGACAGGACACCUGGAAGGUAUUACCUUCAUCGACAGUAGGGGAGAUGGUCGUUAUCUCAUUUCAAAUGGUAAAGAUCAGGCCAUUAAACUUUGGGAUAUCAGGGGAAUGUCCUCUAAUUCUACUAUUAGCAAUCCAGCGUAUAGGAAUUAUGAAUGGGACUACAGAUGGAUGGACUAUCCACCCCAAGCAAAGGAUGUAAAACACCCGUGUGAUCAAUCAAUCUUUACGUAUAGAGGUCAUUCAGUCCUGCGUACACUUAUCCGCUGCUACUUCUCACCAGCAUAUAGCACUGGUCAGAAGUACAUCUACACAGGAUCUCACAAUUCCUGCGUUUUUAUAUAUGAUUUGGUAACUGGAGCACAAGUUGCGACGCUCAAGCAUCACAAGUCACCCGUACGAGAUUGUAGUUGGCACCCUUAUUACCCUAUGCUGGUAAGCUCUUCUUGGGAUGGAGAUGUCGUCAAAUGGGAAUUCCCUGGUAACGGAGAAACUCCUUCGCCGUUGAGCAAGAAAAGAGUUCGGAGGAGAUAUUUCCUUUAAGAAGACAGGCAGGGUAUGGUGUUAAAGGUGCGAAUCUUGAAUCUUUCUUCAGGAUAAUAUAAGAACGGGAGAUUAUUAGUUGUAGUAGUUCAAGUUGUUUAAAUGAUCAGUAAGGCUUGGUUGCUGGAAUUUAAGAACAGUUUAUUAAAUGUUUAUGCCUUGUACAUAAAUAAUCACUUAAUGCAACAAUCGGUAUCGUGCUUCACGUUGUAGUAAAUUCAUAAAUAAAUGCAUCAGAUAAAAGAAGAUUUCUGCUA